AUGCCAUCUCUCUGGAAGGCGUACGCCCUCUAUCCGCUAUGGGCUCUCCAAAUCAUCGUCCUCUUCCCACCGCUCUACCAUCAGAUUGAAUCCAUCUUCCUCACCUUGACACACCCUGCAUGGCUAUCAGGAUGGACGGUCUUCUGGUUGUUAGAUUUCUUUGCGAUGCUGGCGUGUCUUCUGCUCGUGGGAGUGGAGUUUGCGAGGAAUAGGACGAGGAGGCUAGAUACGACGUCUUUCCUGAAGGCGAAUGCGUACAAGCUCGCUUAUUGGGUCUGGAAUCUUGUAUAUGUCGCUGUGUAUAGGAGGGACGUGUAUGGGAAUGCGAAUGCGUUGUUGGCGGUCGAACAUCUAGCCACGUUUGCUUUAGGCUUUGCAUACGCCGUACAUGUCUGGUGGCGAGGGCGAAGACUAGGACGAACCCGAGAGGAAGCAUCGGCCGAGGGUGGGCACCAGCUGGACGCGAUCAACGUACCGAAGCGGCUGAAUUCUGCAGCUGCUAUGAAGUCAGCAUCGCCUUUCGUCGUGAGGAUGGCGAUGUGGGUGAAGCACGAUCCCGCAUGGAUGCACGCGCUGCCUCCAUCUGUGAGAAUGGUUCUGAACGUACCGUUGUGGCUGGCGAGGUAUUCGGUCGGCUAUAUCUUAAUGGUCUUGAUCCUACCCUUCACAGGACGCAUUUCCGGAGAGCCCAAGAACCACUGGAAUGAGAACAGUUCCCAGGGAUUGAGUCAAUGGGACUAUCCCAAGCCAAGAUUGUCUAUCCAGGAGGCGUAUAGCGAUGCCGAUGCCAGGCCACGGUUGCCAACUCCAUUCCCACAAGGCGACGAGGAGGCGGCAGUAGACACACUCAGUCUUCGAACCAUAGACGAUGAUGUCGCCCUACGGCCAAGUCCACGGCCGGCUCACAGACGAGCAUUUCAGCCAUCUCCGAACCGAAUGCUAGGCCCACGAUAUCUAUGUUUUAUCGUCGAUGAUGAAGCCCGAACUUAUGUCACCAAGAAGGUCGAAGACUGGAUGUCACAAACCGGAACACGAAAUGAGCCGGACUAUGUCUUCAUAUCGUACACUCGACAGCAGUUUUACAGUCAGAUACCGAACGAUCCUACUGUGACUCAGCAUGAUCUCGUGAAUCGUAGAGCCGCUGCAGACAGAGACCAAAAAGUCCUCACAGACUUCGCAGUUAGGGCUACCCAGGAAGCGCAGGUGCCUGCAUUCUGGAUCGACUUUGAGUGCGUUCAGCCGGAGGACGAGAAUGACGAGGACCUUGAUAUGGAAGACGUUUACCGGAUCUGCGAUAUCGUCCGAGGGUCACACUCUUUGACCAUCAUUUGUGGUCCUACACUCGAUCAACAUUUGGAUCGUUCGUUAGGAAGAUUGUCCACUGCGGCAGAUUGGCUAUUGGACUGGGGAAAGCGCUUGUGGACUCUACCUGAAGCGCUGCUCUGUCCUUCUGAACAUCGUAUAUCGAUAUAUGCUGUUGGAAUUGAGGAACCUGAAAGAAUAGCAAAGCGCAACCUCCCUGGCCGACUUUGGGAUGAUGCCGCGACGAUUCGCCAACUCAUCGACCAUUACGAGGCCUCCCUACAGCUGACUCAACUGGAGCUGAUCAGCAUCGCACUUGAAUGCCUCCAGCGACGACAGACAGAGAAGCGCAAUGCCGGCGAUGUUGCGUACGCACUCAUGGGUCUUCUCCGUCUACGCCCCAAAGUCAACAAAUCAGACUCCGACUUCCAAGCCUUCGCUCGCCUUUCCCUUGCCAAUGAUAGCGACAUGAUCCUCGAACGCUUGAUAUGCCUGCGAAGCCCCGACAGCGCCUCACCUUGGCACGAUAUGCAAGAUCUGUGGGACGCCAAACUCUGGCACAUCGACCCCGUCUUCCAAAUCGCAGGUGUCGGGUCCAGAAACACAGUCAUCAUCGGCGACGCAGCCGGAACCAGCAUCGAUUGGACUUCCCUCAAAAUGAUCGACAUCACGGGCACGGCGAGCUCAUACACUUUCCAAUGGCGGUACAUUCGCCUCGUGAGCGCUUACUUCGUGGCUUACUUUUUCGCCUACCUGAUCGUCGUGUUCAUGCUCGCGGAUCCCAUACAGCGCGGUCGUGGACGAUUGCAAGGACGAGAUCCUGCGAGGGCCUUGAGGAUUGCGACGUACCCUUGGAUCCUGUGGAUGUUGAUGGCGAUCCCGGUCCCUUAUGUCCUCUCGGGGUUCUUCCAGGGGACGAUCACUUCCUCACAAGCUAGGCUCUUCGGAAUGGCUGGCGUGCCCGAUGUUAAAGAGGUGGAACGAACUCUUCUAGGUGAGGCUUGUGGACGCUUGAAGUGGAACAAUGAUGGCAGCGUCAGUGAGCUUGGAGACGAUGAAAGACCAAUCUUCACGCUCGUCGAUACGCUAUCUUUGACCUUGACGACUUUCCGCGCGAAUAAGCCACCCACUAUGAUGUUUGUCGGCGGACGUGAACGGGGGUUGUUGAGGAUCCUGUUGUGUUCGUAUGAUGGUGCUAGACGAUCGUUCGUCAAAGAGACGGUCACAAGGCUGGAGAGUGUCGUCAGCGCCCGUUUGCCGAGACUUGAUCGCUUCCGUUUCUCGGUGCAGCCGGAGAUGGAGAUCGUUGAAGAAAGAGGACAAGACUUGGGAGAGGAACAGCUGUACGACGAGGAUCUCAUGGAGCUGCCGGAUAUACCCGAAUUUAUCUCUCUGGACGAUUGA